AUGGCAUCUAGCAUAUAUACCUCGCCAGCGCUCAAAUUUGAGCUGCUUGGGCGUUGCUCUACAACGAGAGCCAGGGCAUCAAUUCUUACUUUACCUCAUGGGCCGGUCAAGCUUCCUAUAUUUAUGCCUGUUGCCACUCAGGCGUCACUUAAGGGCAUCACUCCAGAGCAGCUAGAGGAAACAAGCUGCCGGCUCUGCCUCAAUAAUACAUAUCAUCUCGGGCUAAAGCCAGGCCAGGAAGUCCUGGAUGCUGUUGGUGGCGCACACAAGUUCCAGGGAUGGAAUCAUAAUAUUCUUACAGACAGUGGCGGAUUCCAGAUGGUCAGUCUGCUUAAGCUGGCUACCAUUACAGAGGAAGGCGUUCGCUUUCUGAGUCCGCACGAUGGCUCACCCAUGCUACUUACACCAGAGCACUCCAUGUCGCUACAAAACUCGAUUGGCAGCGACAUCAUGAUGCAGCUGGACGACGUCAUUGUCACGACAUCACCAGACAAGGAACGUAUGCGAGAGGCCAUGCUGAGAAGUGUGCGCUGGCUCGACAGAUGCAUUGCCGCGCACAAGAAGCCCGAGACGCAGAACCUCUUUUGCAUUAUCCAGGGCGGCCUGGACCUCGAGUUGCGCAAACAGUGCUGCGAGGAAAUGGUCGCCAGAGAUACGCCGGGCAUCGCCAUUGGCGGUCUCAGCGGAGGCGAGGCCAAGGCCGACUUUUGCCGCGUGGUGGAAACCUGCACGGCCAAGCUGCCGGAGCUGAAGCCGCGCUACGUCAUGGGCAUUGGCUAUCCUGAGGAUUUAGUGGUCAGCGUCGCCCUGGGUGCCGACAUGUUUGACUGCGUGUGGCCGACGCGGACGGCGCGGUUUGGCAACGCCAUUACGAAGCAGGGCGUGCUCAACAUUCGCAACGCCAAAUUUGGCCAGGACUUUGGGCCAAUCGAGGAGGGCUGCGGGUGCGAAUGCUGUCGCGAGGGCGGCCUGGGCAUCACGAGGGCGUACAUUUACCACAACACGUCCAAGGAGACGGUGGCGGCGCAUCUGCUCACCAUCCACAACGUCUGGUAUCAGCUGAACCUGAUGCGCGAGGUGCGUGAUGCGAUUAUUGAGGACAGGUUCCCUGCAUAUAUCCGGGAGUUCUUUGGUGGACUUUAUCCAAGCAAGAGCGAGUAUCCGGAGUGGGCGGUGGAGAGCUUAAAGAUUGUAAAUGUAGACUUGCUGGCAGAUUAA